UAGCAAAACUAAUAACCAUCAUAUUUCUCUUUUUCUCGAUCUCUCCCACGCUAACCGCCAGCUCCACCUUCGUCAUCGGCACCGCCACACAAUCGUGCCGCCCCGACUAAAACAUCCGUCACGCUCAGAGCCUCUCCAGUUACUUCUCCAUCUCUCAGUCUAAGGGUUCUCAAUAACUUCGGCGUUACUCUCAAAUAUCCCUUCUGUUUCCGCUGAAGAUGGCUACUGCAUCAGUUGCAUUCAAAUCUAGGGAGGAUCAUCGCAAACAACUAGAAUUAGAGGAAGCACGUAAAGCAGGGCUUGCACCAGCUGAGGUUGAUGAAGAUGGGAAAGAAAUCAACCCUCACAUUCCUCAAUAUAUGUCCUCUGCACCUUGGUAUCUUAAUGCUGAGAGACCAAGUUUAAAACAUCAAAGGAAAUGGAAAUCAGAUCCGAAUUAUACAAAAUCCUGGUACGACAGAGGUGCAAAAAUACAUCAGGCAGACAAGUAUAGGAAGGGUGCAUGUGAAAAUUGUGGAGCAAUGACGCAUAAUGCAAAAGCAUGCAUGGAAAGGCCCCGAAAGGUAGGAGCCAAAUGGACAAACAUGCACAUAGCACCAGAUGAAAAGAUCGAGACGUUUGAAUUAGAUUAUGAUGGAAAAAGGGAUCGUUGGAAUGGUUAUGAUCCAGCAACCUAUGCUCGUGUAAUUGAGAGGUAUGAGGCUAGAGAUGAAGCAAGGAGAAAAUUUUUGAAAGAACAACAACUAAAGAAAUUGGAAGAGAAAAAUAAUAAGCAGAAUGAGGAUGCUGAAGUUAGUGAUGAAGAUGAGGAUGAAGAUGAUUUGAAGGUUGAUGAGGCAAAGGUUGAUGAAAGCAAGCAAAUGGACUUUGCAAAAGUUGAGAAGCGUGUUCGUACGACAGGUGGUGGAAGCACGGGAACUGUUAGGAACUUGCGUAUCCGGGAAGAUACAGCCAAAUAUCUUUUAAAUCUCGAUGUCAACUCGGCUUAUUACGAUCCCAAAACUCGGUCGAUGCGUGAAGAUCCUCUUCCUGAUGCAGAUCCAAACGAGAAAUUUUAUGGAGGUGAUAACCAAAAUAGAAUCAGCGGGCAAGCUUUGGAUUUCAAGCAACUCAAUGUGCAUGCUUGGGAAGCAUUUGACAAAGGUCAAGAUAUCCAUCUGCAAGCUGCUCCAUCACAAGCCGAACUUCUGUAUAAGAACUAUAAGGUUAUUAAAGAGAAAUUGAAGUCACACACGAAGGAUGCCAUCAUGGAGAAGUAUGGGAAUGCUGCUGCGGAGGAAAAGCUGCCUCGGGAACUUUUAUUGGGACAGAGCGAGAGGCAAGUUGAAUAUGAUCGUGCUGGCAGAAUUGUUAAAGGCCUGGAGAUGGCUCUUCCCAAAAGUAAAUAUGAGGAAGAUGUUUUCAUUAACAACCACACGAGUGUUUGGGGCUCAUGGUGGAAGGAUCACCAGUGGGGUUAUAAAUGCUGUAAGCAAACCAUCCGGAACAGUUAUUGCACUGGAGCUGCUGGAAUUGAGGCUGCUGAGGCAGCAGCUGACUUAAUGAAGUCUAAUAUUGCUCGUAAAGCAACUUCUGAAGAUACACCAGCCCCAGCAGAAGAGAAAAAGCUGGCUACAUGGGGAAGUGAAGUACCUGAUGAUAUUGUCCUCGACCAGAAGAAACUUACUGAAGCUCUAAAGAAGGAGGAUGAAAGAAGGAAGGAGGAGAAGGAUGAAAGGAAACGUAAAUAUAAUGUGAGAUGGAACGAUGAGGUAACUGCUGAGGACAUGGAAGCGUAUAGGAUGAAGAAGGUACAUCAUGAUGAUCCCAUGAAGGAUUUUCUCAACUAAAUUAGGACAUUCAUGUAUUGUAAAUAUUAGUCGGGAAUUGUCUGUGUUUAACAUGGAAGGAACUAGUCAUCUGAGCGUUUUGUACUUCAUUUCAAAGUGUAAUUAUGAAGAUAUGAGUUUGUACAACUAAUUGGGUUGAAUUCAGAAUUGUGUAUUGUGAAGCGCGUGGAUCAGUUUUCUUUGUUUAGGGUUAAUAGCAAAAUGAACACAUCUGUAGAUAUGGAAUUCUAACUCUGUGAGCAUUAACAACUAACUCAGGUUGUUUGGGGUUCAAUAUAAGAUGAUAUAUUCCUACA